AUGUUCAAAAAAGACAAACAAAAUAAGACAAAUGAACCAGAAAAGGGGCGAGAAACAGAGAAGAAAAUUGAAGAUCAGAAAACUAUGGCUCAGCCGGUAUCUCGAUCACGCGGGGCCAACAGGGAAAGUUUCCUGGGGAACUGGUGCGUGGAUGAUUCCGACAACCUUAGGUUCUUGAGCUUCCCUAUUUCUUCAGGUAAUAUUUCAUGGAGGACCACCCCCGGAAACCAAGAAUCUUAA